AGGCUUGGGCUUAAGUUUCCCAAUGGCUUUGAGCCCUUCUCUCCUGGUGUUAAUUGUUGCCUUAGUCUUCCCUUUCGCUGAGGCUUUAAAUCGCAGCAGCUUCCCCCCUGGUUUUAUCUUUGGAGUUGCAUCCUCAGCUUAUCAGUAUGAAGGGGCAGCAAAAGAAGGUGGGAGAGGCUUGAGCAAUUGGGAUGUCUUUACUCACACACAGCCAGGAAAGAUUUUCGACGGCAGCAAUGGGGACGUUGCAAUUGACCAAUAUCACCUUUACAAGGAUGAUGUUAAACUCAUGAAAUAUCUUGGGCUCGAUGCAUAUCGACUGUCAAUUGCUUGGCCUAGAAUUCUACCUAAGGGUACCUUGGAAGGAGGUGUGAACAGAGCAGGGAUCGACCAUUACAACAGCCUCAUCAAUGAACUCCUUGCCAAUGGUAUUCAACCGUUUGUGACACUUUUUCAUUGGGAUCUUCCCCAAGCUCUAGAGGACGCCUAUGGAGGAUUCCUCAGUCCCAAUAUAGUGAAAGACUACACAGACUACGUUGACGUUUGCUUUAGAGAAUUUGGAGACAGAGUGAAACAUUGGAUUACUUUGAAUGAACCAUAUUCUUAUGCAUUUGGAGGUUAUGUGGCCGGGAUUUUCGCACCCGGGCGUUGCUCGAAACCGGACGGAAACUGUACUGCAGGAAAUUCUGGUACCGAAGGUUAUGUUGUUGCCCAUCACCUUCUCCUCUCGCACGCAUCUGCAGUGAAGUUGUACAGGGAAAAAUAUAAAGCUUACCAGAAGGGAGUGAUAGGCGUAACCCUUGUUACCCAUUGGAUGAUUCCUUACUCUUCUUCAAGAUCCAAUGAUGAUGCUGCCCAACGAGCUCUUGAUUUUAUGUUUGGAUGGUUUUGGGAUCCAAUUGCCCUGGGUGAUUAUCCAUUCAGCAUGAGAGCUUUAGUGGGAGGAAGAUUGCCCAAAUUCACUAAGGAGCAAUCACUGUUGUUGAAGGGAUCAUAUGAUUUCUUGGGGCUGAAUUACUACACCACCAAUUAUGUGCUCCAUGCCACCAGUAAGAGUAAUGUAGUAAGCUACAGCACUGACUCUCAAACUAACCAGACAGCUGUGAGGAAUGGCAAAUUAAUCGGCCCCGAGGCAGCUUCCGAUUUUCUCCAUGUAUACCCAAAGGGACUUGAAGAUCUUCUACUCUAUAUUAAGAAAAGAUACAACAGUCCUGUCAUUUACAUCACAGAAAAUGGCAUAGAUGAGUUUAACAAUGCGUCAGUGCCUCUUAAGGAGUCUCUUAACGACCCGAUGAGAGUAGAUUUCUACAAAGGCCACACUUACUACCUACAUCGAGCCAUCCAGAAAGGAGUGAAUGUGAAAGGCUACUUCCCAUGGACAUUCUUGGAUGACUUUGAAUGGAACUCUGGUUUCACUGUUCGUUUCGGCUUCGUUUUCGUUGACUAUAAGACUUUGAAGAGGUACCCAAAGCGCUCUGCUUAUUGGUACAAGAACUUCCUCAAGGGCUAGAUCCACCAUUAAUGGAGCUCAGAGAAAUAAAAUGACUUAAUCGUUCAAACACGUUAGACACCUGGUGAACGUGCUUCUCCCCUUUGCGAGUUGUUGAGUGUUUUUCUCUUACUUCGGCUUGCUUAUCUAUUUGUUUCCUUUCUUGUAUUCCUGUUAUAAUAAAUGUAUGGUGAUUGAAGACAUUGAGGAUUUUAGUGAUAAUAAAAUGCCUUGGAGGUUUUAGUUGA